UUGCAAAUGGAGGGAGGGAACAUCAUGCCUUGUUUUACAUAUUUCUCCCUGACUGGGUUGAAUUUAACGUGAAGCUGCUCCAUUGUUCAGGGCUCCCUGCACCAUAUAUAUUGACAGAAGCUACUGUUUACAUGGACUUUUCAUCCCUUCAUUGUUUGCUUAUGGAAAAUAAGGGGGAGUGACAAAAAAGAGAAGGGAAAGGGAGAGAGAAAAGAGGGAGGCACUGACCACAGUGCAGAACCACCCAAUAACCUUGUCUUAUGUGAUCAUUAACCUUGUUGGAAAAUGCAACUGGCAGUUCAUUCUGGAGCUUGUCAUUAGGAUGUGAGCAGAGACACAGAUACUGCAGAGGCAUUUUAAGGAUUUUUUUAUUUGCUGCAAGUAUUAUAAAUAUUUCACCUAUUUUGUGUGACUGCAAAAUGAGAUUCCAACAGCUCCUUUACAUCUUAUUUUUUCUCAUGAUGAGUCUACUCCUUAUCAAUGGACAGAGGCCAGCUAACCUGGCCCUGCGCAGAAAGCUGCACAGACACAACUGCUCCCACAGGAGAUGUAUGCCUCUCCACUCCAGAGUGCCCUUCCCCUGAGAAAGAAGAAUGAAAGAGGAAACCAGUCAAGAAAAUGCGAUGUGAUAGUGCAGCAUUCUAAUCAGCGCAGGUGUCCAUGUAUAAGCCGUCACCACAUUCAGAACCUUAUCAGACUCCUACUGGAACAACUUCACAGGAGUUUCAGAUUUCUCUAAGUUGGGAAAAACAAUGGAAUCACAAAUGACCCCUUCAGGAACUUUGGAAAAUCACCAGUGCCAUAAAAAGAUAGUCAUUCUUUUCUACAUACCAACAAAUAGUCAUGUGGGAAACAGCAAAGCAUUGUAGCUUUGAACAUUUUCAAAAAUUAGACCAACAUUAUACCGCUGAAAGAGCUAUUAUUUUAAUAGUUAUUAUUUACCAUUCACAUAUGUCUGUGUACUUCUAUUUAGAUAUAAUACCUAGUAAAGAACAUGAAAAAGAAUGGUAAAAGAUAAAUAUUUAAUAGUUACACUUUAUGGACAAAUAUGUAGGUUUUAAUGUUUAUGGUAGUAUUUGAUGUUUAUAUGUAGCCAUAAUUAUGCAAUUAACUUUACUAUAAUCUUAAGAAAAGCAUAAUGUAUCUAUCAGACAGUUGUAAGUGCAUAUUCAUUUAUGGAUAGAAAAGUGUUAACCGCUAACCUCUCUUAGGAAGUAAAAAUGUUCAAUCUAGACUUUAGAAAAGAAUCCUGAAUGUCUUAGCUCUGUUUUUAAGUCAUGUUGCAUACCGUAAAAACAUAGGUCAUAAUCUUUGAUGGUUAUUUAUGUUUAUAAAAUACCUAUGUGGCUGUACAUUUUGUAAAAAAAUAAUUAUGCUCUUCAAUAACAUUGUCUCAUUUUAAAUAAACUUUGUACAAUUUUUGUUUUUAA